AUUUUUUGGGACGCAAGUACAGAGCAUUGUUCAGCGAACUGAACAUUCAGUGUGACCUGGCCCAAUACAAAUGAGUGCCAACACAUUUCGGGAAUUCAUCCAGUACACGCACAUAAUUUUAUGCUGGAUAAACUUCGAUCUUAGGCACCAACAUACGAUACGUAUUGCACCUGUGCAUGAGCCGCCCCGGUAUUCCUGGCGUUCGCAGGUGGAGAAGCUACAUUAAUGGACCUUCGACAUGUGCGUCGGCUACUUCGUCGACUGUUGCACUCCCUGGCCAAAACGGUUCCCGCCGUCAAAGCGGUGACCCAGCUCUUAAAGUUUAUUCGUGGAAUAACAGACCGAAAGUGAAUCCGGAAGAUUACCAGUUUAUAGCAAAAGAAAACGAGACCCUGGUCAAACAACCUCAAGCGAUUAACGGACAACAAUUUAUUAUCGAACGAUGCCGGAACUGCAACAUCUUCUUGUUUGAUUGGUGUGACACUGUAACGAUACUGGACUGCACCGGAUGUGCCAUUUUUGUUGGCCCUUGCAAGGGAAGUAUAUUUCUGCGCCACUGUGUGGACUGCACAAUUCUUGUCAUUUGUCAACAGUUCAGAACUCGCGAUUGCCGGAGACUUGCUGCAUACUUAUGUUGUUGUACUCAGCCGAUUAUCGAAAAUACUGUGGGAGCAAAAUUUGCUUGCCUGCAAAUAAGUUACAAUGGCUUGGAGGUUACAGAUCAACUAAAAGCAGCAAAACUUUCUCCUUUUAACAAUAACUGGAGCCAAGUGCACGAUUUCACACCAAACACCGAUGAUAUUCUCUCCAGCCACAACUUCAGCCUAAUCCAUGAUACCCUUGCCACAGCGAAAGUCGGCCUUAGCGAUCCAGAGUCCAUUGGGGAUGUCGAUCUUAAAGCAAAUUUUGAUCCCUGUGUCAGCGUAAUUCCUUAUACUAUGGGUGUUGCUCCUACCAAUGCUCUUCACGAAGAUGGCGAGCAUUGUUUGGUUGUCAUAUUUGCCGCGGAUUACCCACAAGUGUCGGCUGUUGCUUUUACGAAAGAAAUUCAAAACUUUCAUCCUUCGCUGAUUUUAAUAAAUUCCCGGGAAAUCAGUCUGUCCGCAACGGAUCUACAACGUAUUUUGAAAACCGGUGUUUACGCGGACGCUUGUAAAAAAGGUCCCGUGACUAUUCUACAUUACUUCGGCGCGGAAGCUAUUAAAAUUUGCCACAAAGUUUCUGGCUCCACAGUCAAUCAGGGAUCGAAACAGUCAGCAUACGUUAGCAAUUCCAAAGAAUUUGUGCAAUCUCAGAUUGAAAAUCUUUGGAACUUAGCCGACAUGAAGAUGAACUGAUGAUGACAAAUUAUUUUAGCCCGGUGAUUGCCUGUUUUUCUAGUUUCUACUAAAACGAGAGUUCUGUCCGAAUUUAACAUAAAAAUAACCAAUUAUUAAAGUGGUGCAAAGCA